UUUUAUUUAUCUCGCACUGGAUUAAUUUUUAUCAACUGCGUUAUGGACGCUCAACAUCAAAAUUGUGAAGAAAGUGCUUUCCUUUUUGGAUCAAAAAAGAUUCGCUGUUAUGGUAGCAUAGCUGACCUAAACUCUCCGACGACAAGUGCACCAAAGUUUGUCAGUUUGGCGGUUCACAAAGUUCAACCGAACGACACUCUACAAAAUCUUGAACUAAGGUAUAACAGUUCGAUGUUCGAAAUCAAGCGCAUUAACAGACUGUGGUCUAACCAAAGCCUAUACUGCAAAACAGAAAUAUUAAUUCCUAUAUUUGAAGAAAACGCCUCAAAAUCGAAAGAACUUUAUGAUAACACAACUAUCAAUUUCAAAAAGCAAAAGGAUAAACUAAAGGAACGCUCUAAUGGGGAAAAUAUGGAAGAUGAAUCUCUCGAUCAAUUUCUCAGAAGGAUAGACACAAGUAUGAGGAAAACAAAAAGUGCGAUUGGAAGGUUUGAUCGAAUGGUGUUGGAAAAUGAUAAGUCUUACGAUUUUUAA